AUGCCUCUUUUCGCGCGAGCUCUGGAUCGCGGGCGGGAUGAAAGGGGCCACGACCAGAGAGGUGAUCCCCGACAUCGUCAGGAGCCUGUGAGUGCGAGUCUCAGGCUUUGGGGCCUGGGUGGAGAGAUGGCGGAUCGAGACUCUGAGCAUCUUUUGAAUUUUCUGCCACCCCCUGAAAAGACUUCAACUACUCUGUGCCUUCAUCUGCCCAAACCACCUGUUCCAGAUGUUCUGGAUAAUGACAAGAAUUCAACUGAUGAUGAGAAGGAGGAGGAGGAGGAGAAGAAGAAGGAGACACAGUCAGAAGAUCCUUGA